GGAGGCCUGUGGGUAGCGCUCCGUCCCGCCUCCCCGUCGCGGGUUCGAGGGCCCUCGGCUCCGCCGCUCCGCCCGGGAUGGCCGCUGUGCUUGUCAACAAGCCUGGAGCAGGAGCCGACAGCGGCCGACAAGGCAGCCGGGGCACGGCCGUGGUGAAGGUGCUGGAGUGUGGUGUCUGUGAGGAUGUAUUCUCGCUGCAAGGAGACAAGGUGCCUCGCCUUCUGCUCUGCGGCCACACCGUCUGUCACGACUGCCUCACCCGCCUGCCUCUGCAUGGAAGAGCCAUCCGCUGCCCGUUUGACCGACAAGUGACGGACCUAGGAGAUUCAGGUGUCUGGGGAUUGAAAAAAAAUUUCGCUUUAUUGGAACUUCUGGAACGACUGCAGAAUGGACAUAUUGGUCAGUACGGAGCUGCUGAGGAAGCCAUUGGGAUAUCUGGAGAGAGCAUCACCCGCUGCGAUGAGGACGAAGCUCACGUUGCAUCUGUUUAUUGUACCGUUUGUGCCACUCACUUGUGUUCCGAGUGUUCCCAAGGCACUCAUUCUACAAAGACUUUGGCGAAGCACAGGCGAGUGCCUCUGGCUGAUAAGCCUCAUGAGAAAACCAUGUGCUCCCAGCACCAGGUGCACGCCAUUGAGUUUGUGUGCUUGGAGGAAGCCUGUCAAAGCAGCCCACUCAUGUGCUGUGUCUGCAAGGAAUACGGAAAACACCAGGGUCACAAGCAUUCAGUAUUGGAACCGGAAGCUAACCAGAUCCGAGCAUCAAUUUUAGAUAUGGCUCACUGCAUACGGACCUUCACCGAGGAAAUUUCAGAUUAUUCCAGAAAAUUGGUCGGAAUUGUUCAGCACAUUGAAGGUGGAGAACAAAUAGUUGAAGAUGGAAUCGGAAUGGCUCACACAGAACAUGUACCAGGGACCGCAGAGAAUGCUCGAUCAUGUGUCCGAGCCUAUUUUUCGGAUCUACAUGAAACUCUGUGUCGACAAGAAGAGAUGGCUCUAAGUGUGGUUGAUGCUCAUGUUCGUGAAAAGCUGAUUUGGCUCAGGCAGCAGCAAGAAGAUAUGACUAUUUUGUUGUCCCAGGUUUCAACAGCCUGCCUCCAUUGCGAGAAGACUUUACAGCAAGAUGACUGCAGAGUUGUAUUGGCAAAACAAGAAAUCACCAGGUUACUGGAGACCCUGCAGAAGCAGCAGCAGCAGUUCACGGAAGUAGCAGAUCACAUCCAAUUGGAUGCCAGCAUCCCUGUCACCUUCACAAAGGACAAUAGGGUUCACAUUGGACCAAAAAUGGAAAUUCGAGUUGUUACAUUAGGAUUGGAUGGUGCUGGAAAAACUACUAUUUUGUUUAAAUUAAAACAGGAUGAAUUCAUGCAGCCCAUUCCCACAAUUGGUUUUAAUGUGGAAACUGUCGAAUAUAAAAAUCUGAAAUUCACCAUUUGGGACGUAGGUGGAAAACACAAGUUAAGACCCUUGUGGAAACAUUAUUACCUCAACACCCAAGCUGUUGUAUUUGUUGUUGAUAGCAGUCACAGAGACAGAAUCAGUGAAGCACACAGUGAACUUGCAAAGUUGUUAACGGAAAAGGAACUCCGAGAUGCGCUGCUCCUGAUCUUUGCUAACAAACAGGAUGUUGCUGGAGCGCUGUCGGUGGAGGCCAUCGCUGAACUGCUCAGUCUGCACAAGCUGUGCUGCGGCCGGAGCUGGUUCAUCCAGGGCUGUGACGCCCGGAGCGGCGUGGGGCUGCACGAGGGCUUAGACUGGCUCUCUCGGCAGCUCGUGGCUGCAGGAGUACUGGAUGUCGCUUGAUUUUUAAAUGCAGCAGUUUUGUUUUAAGAGUUAGUUUUCAAACAAUAUUGUCAUAAGAAAUUCUACACCUCAAAGAUGAUAAUUUAGGAAAAAGAAUCGUAGAUUGGAAAGUAAACACAUUGUUUCUUUAAAAAGUUAUUCUGUGGUAAAAUUUAAAUAUCGGAGAUAUCGAAUUAAAACAGAGGUUUGUUCAGUC